UGGAGCACGCUCAACUUUUAAAAACUUAAAACCACGAUAGUAUAUUUUGAUAUUGAUGUUUUUUUGUCUUGUGGAAUACUUAAAAGGACGUCGAAGAUGUUUUUGAACUAUGUUAUCUGCCAAACUUCCACAAGAGGAGAAGACAAUUUAGAUGAGGGAGGAGAGGCCUAAGCAGACAAGAGAUCAGAUCAUGGCCAGUACGACUACGGCAUCAGUGGCGGAUGCAGUGGAUGAACCAAUGGCAAUGGCACUAGAUUUGCCUGAUGAGGAGGGCGAUCAAGAUCAGGGAAAUACAAGAGAACAAGGAUGCCAGAUGGACUGGGUACCGAUUGGGACAGCACCAACGGCAAUGACUAGUAGCAAGAGCACCCAAACAGGGAAAAUACAUCAUAGAUCAAAGGGACACCAGGUGACCCCAGAGAUCCUCGAGAGGGUUAGAGCUCGGCCGGCCAGGGUUAGUGAAGUCCCAUCGUCAAGUGUAGCAGCUCCAUCUGACAGCCCCGAGAUGCAGACUAACAUAGCAACUCCAGGUGCGUCUGGAAUGCAAGCAAAGCUACGACCACCUCCUGCAUUGUCUGAUGAAGGACCAGCAUCAAGUCCCGCUGCGCCUUUUGUUAGUGGUUCUUCCGAUGACAGCUAUGUGCCGAGUGAGUCAUCGACAUCGGAUCCGUGUCAAUCUGACGGGUUGCCAGAUCCCACACAUACUCCCAAGAUGCGGGAAGAGGGCUGCCACAAGGAACCGAAGUACAUCAUCUUUUUUUUUUUUUCUUCAAAUAUUUUUUAUUGAAUUUUGCAGACAGUACAGUAUGAUGGAUCAUGGCAACAGCAAGUUGAGAGGAUUAGGUGGAUCAGCCAGCCAACCAUUGGCCCUUAUGCCGCGGGCAACAUCCUGCAUCUGCUGGCAUCGUCUUCACUGGCGCAUCUUCUGGCAAGGUGUUGCAAGUGCUGAACAGCAUCGAAGUGGUCAUGUAUGUGAAGAGAACAUUUUUCAACCACCAGGAGCUCAUCCUGUAGCCGGCCAUCAAAAAGGUGUGGGAGGAACAGCAACGGACGCACCUCACCAUGCUGCAGG